CACACUCUUUCUGUGACUCUCUCUCCCUAUCACACUCUCACACACACUUACACAUGCACACACUUUCCUCAUUCAACUCAUUCUCAGCCACGGGUCAGCAGCACAGACAAGCACCUUAUUCCAGUCCAGCUGGAGAGAGGAGCAUCGCAAGGUGCACACAUCGCAGGACAGGACACUGACUGACUGCAGCUGUAAAAGAAGGACGCAAGCCAAGCAACAGAACAAGCUUUCGAAGAACAAGGAAACAACAAAAAAUAUCAGAUUACUUUUGGCAAUGGAUUUACAAAGUUAAUUGUUUUCCGGUAAAUAGAAGCUGAAAGAAAAAGAAGAGGAGUUCAUCAUCAGACAGACAAGUAAAGAAACAAACAUCUGUGGAAGAGGGCUGGUUGGAAUCCUCUCUGGUCUGCUGAUUGGAAGCCCAGGUUCCUCUCUGCUCUGGUCCUCAGUGACAGGGUCUGCUGCCCCCUCGAUCAUCACCCCUUCCCAUCCUCAGAGAGAGACCACUCACCUGGACCACACAGCCCGGGUCUCCAGCCAGCCAGCAUGCAUACUGCCUGUGCAAUGUGCACCUUGGGAGUCUGACCUACCAUGUGCAGAUGGAUGAUACCCGUCGCUAGUCUCCGUCCUGAACUCGCUGCCAUUGGCACUGCCCACGCUGGGCUUCCACCCCUGCCCAGUGCUGCAUCCCUUCGCCUGGCGUUCCUCACCCUGCUCCUGGUGGCUGGCACUGCUCUGGGGGGCUGCCCGCCCGGGGUAGGGCAUGAGCCCCUCCAAGUACUGGCGAGGGGCAUCAACUGCUCAUGGACACUGGAGCGGCACACACGCAGUUACAAUCACCUAGAGGGCGACGUCCGACUACGGCGGCUCUACUCCGCCAAUAAGUUCUUUCUCUGUAUCGACAAAACAGGCAAGGUGGAUGGCACCAGACGGAAAAACUACGCUGAAAGCCUAAUGGAAAUCCGAUCUGUCAGUGUGGGAGUCGUCGCCAUCAAAUCUGUCAGCACCGGGCUGUACUUAGCCAUGUCCAAAAAAGGCACACUCUUUGGAUCGAUGAAGUACAACCCUAACUGUAAGUUCAAGGAGCGCAUCGAGGAGAACGGAUACAACACGUACGCCUCCCUGCGCUGGAAACACGGCGGCAGGCAGAUGUUUGUGUCUCUGAACGGCAGGGGGAAACCCCGGCGAGGUCACAAAGCUCGGAGGAGACACCCCUCCACCCACUUCCUCCCCAUGCUGCCCUCAUAGCUGGACAACUGGGCUUUGCUCUGCUUUGCAACCAGCCAACAACAGUCCCAGUCCCUCCUACUAGUGUUGUUGUUAUCAAGAUAAUUACUGAUGAAAUUGUCAUUAUUCUAUCCAUCCCCUCUCCCAUAUAUGUACAUUUGUUGGGGUUUUAUACACUAUUUUGCUUGUCGAGAUCGCAGUGGGGGCAUAAUACAGGACGUUUAAGUUAUUCACACUUCCCUUUUUUAGUGUAAGGUCCAGAAGUAAAGCUGCUAAUAUUGUGUAAAUACAGUAUGUCUAUUAUUAUUAUGACUGGUUAUCAAGCUGAAGGAUGAUAUUGAUGACGCUCUUCUGUGUCAAGGAGUAAUUCUGACCCCAGCAGCUUCUGCGAAAGCAUGUAAUUGAAACAUAUCUCCCCUUUAAAGGGUACGAGUAUUGUCUAUAUAUUGCCCCCCACUCAUCCCUUCAUUUCUAUGACUCUACAGGAGACAAUGCUUUUCCUUGAGUGACCUUACAAUAUGCUAUUAAAGCAAAGAACUGGUGAAAGAAACCUGACAAACAGUGAACAGAUUUGAACAUUGAUUUAGGUUGUCAAAUACGUUCAUCUGAUCAAGUAACUAAAGCGUUUGAGAGAGGACUCUAAAGAUACAAUACAAGGACUCUUGCACUUGACUGUACUUCAGAGGGGACAGAAUUCCCUGUUGACGAAAACGGUUGGACUGAACAUACCUAUGGAUGUCUGUUUAAGACAAAAACAGAAACUGACGACAUCUGGCUAUUGGGUCUUCUGGGUUUCUGAAAUGAAUGUGUGAGCUCUGCAGAAGUCUCACUGGGCAAAAACUAGUUGAAACAACAUUGUUUCCACAUCAUUUCAACAAAAUAAUUAAAAGUGAUGACGUUGAAUCAAUGUGGAAAACUGAUCGGAUUUGCAAAAAGUAAUCAACGUAAGGGAAUUUUGUCAUUUUUCCACCUACAUUUGAUCCUAAAUCCAAUGACAUGGUGACAUUUUUGUUUUGUUUUCACAUUGACUUCAAAUUAGUUGACAACUCAACCAAAUGUAAAUCAACACUAGAUGUAGAAAUGAUCUGUGCCCAGUGGGGUGUACUUUAGCCUCCUUCUUUCAUCCAACAAUCCUAGACCACUAGCUCAGGGCUCAAUCUUUGAAAGUGGGACUUAUGACAUUGUCUCUGAUAUGUUAGUUCCAGAAUUCAGUAGUUAAAUGCAUAUGUUACUCCCUUCGUGCAUUUGAGGUUGUGUGUACACGUUUUCACAGUGCUAAGACUACCCAUUCAUUUCUAACGUAUGGUAACUGGUUAUUGCAUUAUCUUGUCAUGUCUUGUUAACAUUUUCAAAAACCUGUUGCAAAUAGAACUUUUAAUAUAUUUAAACCUUUUUGUACCGUAUAACAUUUGAAGUUGAUGUUAUUGCCUCCAUUUUGUGUCUAGUCUGAAAUCCUAAUUGUAUUCCAUUCCAUUUUGUAGUCUAUACUGUAUGUUACUGUAACAUGCCACCUCCUCAGAUCGCAAUCAUCCUCUACUGAGUGGUCAACAAUGACAUGAUCUACAAGAACACCGUUUCAACUAUUAGUCAGAUUUUAAGAAGACAAUAUUGGUCUGUCAAUUGAAUACUGUCAUCAUAAUAACAUAAGUGAGUGCCUUGGUUCAUGUUCAGCUUGGUGAACUUCAAUAAA